AUGGUUAUCAAUACGGUCCUAUUGCAUUUAGCUCAUCAACUUCACAGUCUCCGGGGCUACCGUAAACCGCAUUCGUAUUCUCAUACAAUGAGAAGUGAUGAAUGGACUGCUCCGUUGCCUAACAAGUGGGAUGUAUACCAUGGCCUAAAUCAAACCUCAGCUUAUCCGCCGUAUUCUGUGGACUAUGGAAUCCAGACCCGGACUCGAACAACUCGUGAAAGUCCCCGAAUCUGUUCCGUACAGUUGAGUGACUUUAAUCGAUCGUUUGGUGCUACCGGAGAAUUUGACGAUAUGCUCCGUGUGGAAACAGCUUGUUCAAACAAUUUGGCCAAUCAAAUGCUGAAUACCAGUGAGUUUUGUCAAUGCAAUUGA